AUGAAGGGUCUUCAUCUCCACCUCUUCCUAGUCACCAUGACGGUUGUUGCCUCCAUCCCUACGGCUACACUGGCGGCUCCAGCGGCCGGUGGAGCUUUGGCGGACGAAUGUAGUCAAGAUUUACAAAAGGUGACUUUGUGUUUGGACUUCGCUACCGGGAAGACACCGACUCCGUCUAAGAAAUGUUGUGACGCCGUGGAAGAUAUAAAAGAGAGAGAUCCAAAGUGUUUGUGUUUUGUGAUACAACAAGCGAAGUCAGGAGGACAAACCUUAAAGGAUCUAGGUGUUCAAGAAGCCAAACUCAUUCAACUUCCAACUUCUUGUCAGCUCAAGAACGCUAGCAUCUCGAAUUGUCCAAAGCUUCUAGGGCUUUCGCCGAGCUCGCCAGACGCAGCCGUAUUCACAAGCAACGCCACGUCACCAGCAGCACCGGGGGCACCGUCAGGGAAGUCUCCGGCGACUCCAACGACGGCUACGGAUAAGGCAGGAUCAGCUUCCAUAAGAGAUAGUCACGUUUUCGUGGCUCUAGCCGUCGCUAUGAUGGCCCUCUCCUUCGUUUCAACCAUGCCUAGGAUGGGUUUGGCCUAG